AUGUUUCCCGGCUUCACGGAAUUCAACAUCGCCGUAUCUCCAACAGUCACAAUCUACGGGCUCAAAGCUGGCACUGGACCACCCCUACUUCUCCUUCACGGCUUCCCGCAAACACACCACAUAUGGCAUAAAAUAGCCCCAGAACUCAUCUCCUAUUUCACCGUGAUCCUCAUGGACCUUCGAGGCUAUGGGAAAUCAUCCAAACCGUCUUCUUCGGCAUCAGAGCAACACAAGCCAUAUUCCAAGUCCGCAAUGGCAACCGAUUGCACCUCUCUUAUGACUCAGCUUGGCUUUGAGAAAUUCUCAAUAGUAUCUCACGACCGAGGUGCUCGAAUCGCACAUAAAUUAUGUGUCGAUUUUCCGGAUCGCGUAGAGCGACUCAUGCUCCUCGACAUCGCACCCACGCUCGCGAUGUUCGAGAAAACAGACCAGUUCUUCGCAACAGCGUACUGGCACUGGUUCUUCCUCAUCCAGCCUUCUCCAUUCCCGGAGAAGGUUUUGAUUGCCAGUCCCUCUGUAUUUGAGGAGAGGUUCUUCGGGGGCGGGUAUUCUGGCGGAACGGGGUAUAUGAGUUUGGAGGCGAAGGCGGAGUAUAUGGCGCAGUUUACCGAUGAGGAGGGCGUGCAUGCUAUGUGUGAGGAUUAUAGGGCUGCUGCGGGCAUUGAUCUUAUGGAGGCGAGGAGGGAUAUGGAGAUGGGACGGAAGGUCAGAUGUCCAGUUAGGGUGUUGUGGGGGAAGACGGGGGUUAUUGAGAAGAGCUUUGAUUGUUUGGGUGAGUGGAGGGCUGUGAGUGAGGGGAGUGUGACUGGAGAGGCGGUGGAGAGUGGACAUUAUAUUGCGGAGCAGGUACCAGAUGUGUUGCUGAGGCACAUUAAGGAGUUCUUUGUGAAUUAG